AUUCUCCAUACCCAUGGUCCCAGCGACGUUUGGCUUUCACGACCGCCGCAAAUCCAUUCCCUCGUUAUGGUGCGGCGGUUAAUUGCAGUGCCUCUAAAGAGGGAAUAGUGUACCUAAUGGGAGGGCUGGUCAACGGGUCAACCGUGAAAGGUGAUCUCUGGAUGGUGGAAGCUGGGGCGGGCAACAUGGCUUGCUACCCCGUGGCUACCGCUUCAGAAGGUCCGGGCCCAAGGGUCGGACACGCCAGCUUGCUUGUUGGAAAUGCUUUCAUCGUGUUUGGCGGUGACACUAAAGUUAACGAAGGAGAUAUCCUCGAUGACACUCUUUAUCUGCUUAAUACCUCGACGAAACAAUGGUCGCGCGCCCUGCCGGCAGGACCCCGACCAUCCGGUCGUUACGGUCAUACACUGAACAUUCUAGGCUCGAAGAUCUUUGUUUUUGGUGGUCAGGUCGAGGGAUAUUUCUUCAACGACCUUGUCGCGUUUGAUUUGAAUGCGCUGCAGCAACCGAACAACAAAUGGGAUAUCCUCACGCCGAACAGCGCAGAUGUCAACGCCCCCCCUGGCAUGUAUCCGCCUGCUAGAACAAAUCAUACCGUUAUAGCCUGGCAGGACAAACUCUUCCUAUUCGGUGGUACCGAUGGACAGACUUGGUUUAGUGAUGUCUGGUGCUACGACCCCAAAGCAAACAGAUGGGAAGAGAUUGACUGCAUCGGCUACAUACCGAUCGCUCGUGAAGGGCAUGCAGCUGCCAUCGUGAACGACACCAUGUACGUCUUCGGCGGCCGGACCAAGGAAGGCACGGACCUAGGGGACCUGGCUGCGUUCCGCAUAUCGUCGCGUCGAUGGUACAUGUUUCAGAACAUGGGCCCAUCGCCAUCUCCGCGUUCAGGGCAUAGCAUGACUGCUUUCGGACGGCACAUCGUUGUUUUAGCAGGUGAACCGAGUUCUACUGCUCCGGACCGGAACGAGUUGAGUCUCGCGUAUGUCCUAGACACUUCCAAAAUUCGCUAUCCUGCGAGCGAACCGGGCGUGAUGAGCCCUCCCCCCGGAUCGGGCGUGCUGAGUCCUCCUCCUGGGGCGGCAGGCGCACCCGCUGGCCGCAAAGUGAGUGGAGGAAGCGGGAUACCUACCAGGAUAGGGCGCGAGAGCGUGACGGGUGGUCCGCCCAGCAGACUUCCAGGCCCUCCUGGUGCGCAGCCACCGAACGGUGCACCUGGAUCCCGAAUGCCUCGUGCCGCCGUAGGCACCACCGUCUCCUCCGGUCCGCCUCCACAACAACAAGCUCCUGAGCCAAGAGUGAAUGGCCCGAGUCCUGGUCCAGGUCCGAUCAACACGCGAAGCAGGACUCCCGAAAAGUCGUUACGCGGUUAUGGAUCGCCAGUCGAUACUACAAGAGCUGCUGCGUUCGAUAGAGGCAAUCUAUCGCCAGUGCCCCGAGACAGUCCGACCAGAGAAAUAGAGCCCACGAGCAUGGCUGCGCGAGCGAUGCGGGAGCAAAGCCCCAUCAGCGGAGGACCCAGGAGCCCUGCUCAACAAAGAAUGGCGCAUCAGCACAAAGAAUCCGGAGAAUCCCUUCGGCAGCCUCCCCCUCGUUCUGAGUCGCGUACUGCUAGGCAACAACCAUCCCAAGACAAGAUCGACCACUCCGUGGUUCGCCGUCCUUCGGCGGAGCAUCAACGAGCGAUGAGCCGGGACCAGGAUCGAGUAGAACAUCAACGCGCGAUGAGCAGGGACCAUGACCGGACGGAACAUCAGCGUGCAAUGAGUCGGGAUCAAGAACGUGUGCAGAUGGACAGUGCCCUCGGUUCGACGCCGGUUCCUAAGCAGCAAAACGAUGAGGUUGUCAGGGAGCUUGAAGCCGCCAAGAGCCGUAAUGCGUGGUUGGCAUCUGAACUGGCCUUGGCACGUAAAGCCGGUUAUCAACCGAGUGCCUCCAACAACCCUAUUUUGGACGAGAAGGCAGCUGAAGCAUUCGGUGAUGACGACAGGCCUUUGGUUGAAGCUCUCAUCAAGAUGAGGGCGGAACUGGCCAAGAUUCAAGGGUCCAUCGAGGAACAAGCCGAGUCGUUCGGGAAACAGGUGGCGGAAGUUGAGAAACAGCGGGAUGCUGCUAUCAACGAGGCGGUGUAUGCCAAAACCAAACUUGCUGCCCAUGGUGGCAGUCAGGCUGGUACGCCUCAACCGGACGGCGGUAGAGGCACUGUCACUCCCGACCAGGACCGCAUGCAGGAUAUGAGCAGACGUCUGGCGUCAUCUCUGUCUGCACAAAGCCAACUGUCGACACGGGUGGAUACGCUGCUUGCCGAAAUCGAGGCUGAGAAGAAGGCGCGCAAGUUGGCGGAAGAAACGGCGGACGCGGCUCAAAAGCGCGCCAACGAACUUGACUCUUACCGACAGCGGACGAUGAUGGAAGUGGAAUCACUUCGUGGUGAGCUUCAUGAGGCAGAGAAGGUCGCCCGGGAAGAGUCUGCAACCUCGGCCGAGGCUCAAGCGUCUGCGCGCAUGCUCACUCUCGAUAAAACUUCGUUGUCAGGAAAGCUCGCUAAAGCUCUUGAAGAUGCUAAGAACCACUCUACCGUUUUGCAGUCGCUUCACGAUGCUGUCACAGCUUCCACGGACAAGGCGACCCUUUUCGAGUCCAAGUUAGAAGAAGAGAGGUCCUACCGUAGCGAACUGGAAGAGAAACUUGCUCAGCUCAAGGCUGAGCACGAGGAAAGUACCAGGGAUCUGGAAACCACUACGAGACGUUUGAAGGACGUCGAGGAGUUGGCGGACAAACACGCUGCGGAAGCGAACAUGCACCGUCAAGCAGUUUUGUCCGGGCUUUCCCAAGUGGCUGCGCGCAGCGAAGACGAUGAUGAGGUGAAUAACGAGCGCAUUCAAAUUCUUCAAGAACAGGUCGAAUCCUCGAACGCCAUGGUUCGGAAGAACCAAGAGGCUGCUGACAAUGCCUCCGAGAAGCUGCGUCGCGCCGAAGAGCGCAUUGCCGGGUUGGAGACUUUCCAGGAACAGGCGAGUAGAGAAGGUUUGUCUAUCCGGAAACAGCUUCAAUCUACCAUGCGCGAGCUGCAGGCGGUGCAGUCAGACAAGUCGGAGAUCCAGCAGGAGUACGAACGGCACCGGUUGGAGAGCAACGCACUUGAGGUCCAGCUCAAAACGCUCAAGAGUCUCCUGGAGGAACGAGGCAUCAGUGUCGCUGAACACAGAAGAUCGCGCGUUCUCGAGAGUCCAAGUUCUCGCUUCAGCACUCCCGAGCUCAACCGUGUGCGCGAACUUGAGCAACAGCUCGAGGCCAGUCUCAAGGCGCAUGACGAAAUGCGCUCGACCUUCGAGAACCGCGAGCAAGAGAUCAGCAAGGACUGGGAGGAAAAGAUCACGGCACUUCACAAUGAUCACCAGGCCGCUGUCAAGUACCUCCGCGGCACGGAAAAGAUGUUGAACUCUCCGCGAUGAGCUUACGAAUGCGAAGCAGACGCUUCAAACCACGGUUUCGCAGCUCGAGAGCCAGAUCUCUGCCCUUAAAUCCGACCUGG